AGUCAUUCACGGGAAAAAAGCCUUGACCAAAAGUAACGGGACGGAGUGUUAGAGCCACGGACACAAGGUGAAGAUAACAGACAUGUCGUUUAUAUUUAACUGGAUCUACAGAGGCCUCUGUGGUGUGCUGCAGUUACUAGGUUUGUAUAAGAAGUCUGGGAAGCUGGUGUUCCUUGGUUUGGACAAUGCUGGAAAAACAACACUACUGCACAUGCUCAGAGAUGACCGACUGGGACAGCAUGUGCCAACACUACAUCCCACAUCAGAAGAGUUAACCAUUGCUGGGAUGACAUUCACAACAUUUGAUCUUGGUGGUCACACACAAGCCAGAAGAAUCUGGAAGAACUACCUCCCAGCUAUAAAUGGUAUAGUCUACCUGGUGGAUUGUGCAGACCAUGAGAGACUACAAGAAGCCAAAAUUGAACUGGAUGCGCUGUUAACAGAUGAGACCAUCUACAACGUGCCUGUACUUAUCCUCGGGAAUAAGAUCGACCGUCAAGAGGCAAUCAGUGAAGACGCACUCCGAGGGAUGUUCGGACUCAUUGGACACACUACCGGAAAGGGAAAUGUGUCACUGAAGGAGCUGAACCUGAGGCCCAUGGAGAUCUUCAUGUGUAGUGUUCUGAAGAGGCAGGGAUACGGAGACGGUUUCCGCUGGCUCUCACAGUACAUUGACUGAUCGAUCCAUCACUAUUUCUCAUACUAGAUUCACACUAUACAGCCAACCCAAACCUUACUGGGUGGGCUAGAUUAUUUCAAAAUAAAAUGGUCAUUUCCAGCAUGGUUCAAGCAACUAUGAUGGAUGUGUAACAAGUUCAGGUCAGCCAAGUACAUAAGAGGACAUGCCUCACGAAUCUACCCGCUGGAAAAGCUAUUAACUGCUAGCGUGCUAUAUUUAUUGUAAUUUUUACGUUUGACAAAGUGUGGCCUCAAUAAGUAAAUAUAUUUCUAAGAAAAAUAUAUUUUUAUUGAUACAGUAUUUAUACUCUUUGUGUUUUGGACAUAUUUCUUUGGGUUCAAACAGUGUUGAAAUAUGCAGGGUUAGUAAUUGUUUGAUAGUAGAAUAGUAAAAUCUAUUAAUAAUUGGUACACCAUUUUAUAGUCUGAGCCCUAUGUAGUGAAUUCAAACUUCAAAACCUGCAAACCCAAUAUUGUGUAGUUUACACGUUGCGUCAUUUUCAAUAAUGAUCUGUUACUUUCUGAAAGUACUGUGGUGGUGUGCAUUUUGAAUCAUACCUCACAUGAUGUCAGUCAAACAGUUUUAUUAUUACAGUAUUAUUUCCCCUCCCACUUAUGAUGAAGUUCCAGGGACAUGUCAUCGCUUUGAACCAGUUCAUAACCCUGGUUUAUUUUUAAGUCGCUGGCAUUGGAUUUCAGAGGGGUUAUUGGUGUAACAGUUCCGCGUUUGUGUCUUUUAGACAUUGCUGCUCUCUCCUUCCACGUACAUUUGAAGUCGGAGGUUUACAUACACUUAAGGUUGGAGUCAUAAAAACUCGUUCUUCAACCACUCCACA